AUGAAAUUAGGGGGCCGCUGUAUUUUGCAGCGGUCAUUCAGAGCAUAUUCCACUAUACGGCGUCGUACUCGAACGCGAUUCGCACCAAGCCCAACAGGACCAUUUCACAUAGGCGGGUUGCGGACAGCUCUCGUGAAUUUCCUUUUGGCUAGAAGAGAUGGCGGAGAUUUCAUACUUCGGAUUGAGGAUACUGAUCAAUCCCGAUGCUCUGUAGAUGCAUUAAAAGGAAUUUUUGAUGGACUUAAUUGGGCAGGAAUGACGCCAGAUGAGGGGCCCGUUACUGGGGGCUUAUAUGGUUCGUAUGUUCAGUCGGAACGUUCCGAAAUUUAUCGAAAGUAUGCCAAUCACUUGCUGCAGACUGGUCGAGCUUACCAAUGUUUCUGUUCGCAUGAGCGUCUUGAAAUUCUGAAAAAUGAGCAGCGAAGAAGUGGAGAAAAGGUCCGAUACGACAAUCGAUGCCGUCAUCUGUCGAAUAGGGAGAUCGAGUUGAAUCUUUCCCAAAAUCUGCCCUAUGUUCUUCGAUUCAAGAUGCUUCCUAGUAAUACGGUGUUUAGAGACUUAGUUUUUGGCGAGAUAAAUUUUCCAAACGCGGAUUAUGAAGGUGAUCCUGUAAUAAUGAAAUCGGAUGGGCUGCCGGUCUACCAUUUAGCCAACGUCGUCGAUGAUCACCUGAUGGAGAUCAGUCACGUUGUACGUGGGUCGGAGUGGAUAACCUCAAUUCCUAAACACCUACAACUCUAUGCGGCCUUCGAUUGGCAUCCUCCGGCCUUUGCUCACCUACCACUAAUGCUCUCCAGUUCGGGGCGAAAAUUCUCGAAACGCCACGUGGAGCAGGAAUCCGUGGCGUUGGUGGAGAGCCUACGUCGCGAGGGUCAUCUGCCCUCGGCCCUCCUGACGUGGCUAUCGGCAACUGGCGGCCUCUUCGACUUUGCACCGUCUAUCGACAAAAAAUGUGAGUCAGGUAUCUGGACACCGGCCAAACGUGUUGAAGAAAUGCUCCACUUGCUCGACCUCUCUUCGCUGAAUCGUCACCACGCACGUGUGGAUCCUGAGCUUCUCCAAGUCUGCGGACGGGCACACUUCGAUCGACUCAUCGAAGAAGCCUUCUCCAGACGAUCACUGAGGCGUCCAACAAUCGUGGAAUACCUUCGUGAUUACCUGAAUACUUAUCCACCGAUAGAUGGCGAUUGUACUCAAUUAAUAGAUUUAAUCAACGAUGAAGAACGAUUGAUUCAGGUGCUGGCACGAUUAAAGGGUCGGAUCGGAAGAUUAUCUGACCUAACUUCGGUUUCUUCUGCCUUCGGCUUCCUUUGGAAGUCCCCCAAUCCCGAAAUUGUCAAAUCCAGCCUCUCUGGAUCCAUUGCGAUUCACGAAGCCAUUUUAAUGACUGCUGUAAAGUUAGAGAGGUCCGAAGAGCUUUCAGAAGAUGAUUUGAAGGCCCUUCUUCAAAGUGUUAAUAAGUUAUCUGGCCUGCCCAAAGCGGAAUUCCUCACGAGUCUGCGAAUUUGCCUGACCGGCUCCGAUCAUGGUAUGCCGAUCCAUGAAUUAGUGCAACUUUUAACUCCGGUGGAAGCUGCUAAACGAAUUCGAGAGGCUGGCAAAGUAAUUGAAAAGUGA